AUGUUUUCUAAUCAAUGCCGGUCAUUAUUUGUAGGCCUUUCCAAUCAAGGCCGGUCAUUAUUAGUAGUUUUUUUCAAUCAAUACCGGUCAUUAUUAGUAGGUCUUUCCAAUCAAUGCCGGUCAUUAUUUGUAGGCCUUUCCAAUCAAGGCCGGUCAUUAUUAGUAUGUCUUUCCAAUCAAGGCCGGUCAUUAUUAGUAGGUCUUUCUAAUCAAGGCCGUUCUUUAUUUGUAGGCCUUUUCAAUCAAUGCCGGUCAUUAUUAGUAGGUCUUUCCAAUCAAUGCCGGUCAUUAUUAGUAGGUCUUUCCAAUCAAGGCCGGUCAAUAUUAGUAGGUCUUUCCAAUCAAGGCCGGUCAUUAUUAGUAGGUCUUUCUAAUCAAGGCCGUUCAUUAUUUGUAGGCCUUUUCAAUCAAUGCCGGUCAUUAUUUGUAGGCCUUUCCAAUCAAUACUGGUCAUUAUUAGUAGGUCUUUCUAAUCAAGGCCGUUCAUUAUUAGCAGGUCUUUCUAAUCAAGGCCGGUCAUUAUUAGUAGGUCCUUUCAAUCAAUACCGGUCAUUAUUAGUAGGUCUUUCCAAUCAAUGCCGGUUAUUAUUUGUAGGCCUUUCCAAUCAAGACCGUUCAUUAUUUGUAGGCCUUUUCAAUCAAUACCGGUCAUUAUUAGUAGGUCUUUCUAAUCAAUGCCGGUCAUUAUUUGUAGGCCUUUCCAAUCAAGGCCGGUCAUUAUUUGUAGGUCUUUCUAAUCAAGGCCGUUCAUUAUUUGUAGGCCUUUCCAAUCAAGGCCGGUCAUUAUUAGUAGGUCUUUCCAAUCAAUGCCGGUCAUUAUUAGUAGGUCUUUCCAAUCAAGACUGGUCAUUAUUAGUAGGUCUUUCUAAUCAAGGCUGUUCAUUAUUUGUAGGCCUUUUCAAUCAUGGCCGGUCAUUAUUUGUAGGUCUUUCCAAUCAAGGCCGGUCAUUAUUAGUAGGCCUUUUCAAUCAAGGCCGGUCAUUAUUAGUGGUUCUUUCCAAUCAAGGCCGGUCAUCAUAUGAAAUAUAUUUGUUCACUUAG